AUGGACGGCAUUAGUGACACUGCUUCCAUCAUCGCUGUCGCUCAGCUAGCUGCUUCUAUCAUCAAAUAUGUCAAGACACGAAGGCUACUCAUUGCGAUCAUUCAGGCGCGAGGCUUACUAUUGACCCUACACGAACUCACGAAUGAAGUCGGAGAUGAAGAUUGGUCAUCCACAAUCCAGAGCUUGACUUCGCACGAUGGGCCACUGUCCACGUUUCGGCAGCUGCUUGAGGACAUGGCGGGAAAACUCGGUAUCACACGUUCCGAUUCCCAAGUAUCAAAUGCUCUUCAUCGACUGCGGUGGCCAUUCGAUCAAGCCAUCCUCCAAGAAAUGAUUGCAUCGCUUGAAAAGCUCAAAUCAAAUCUUCUCUUGGCUUUGGCAAAUGACCACAUUCGGCUUUCCAUGGAAAUUCGAAAUGAAGUUCGCAAUGUUCAAACCCAGUUGACUGAGGCUACUAUCAAUAGUCGGAGACAAAUGAUCAGGUCUCUUUCUAGGGAGCAAGAGCUUAUUGUGAAGUCUUUGUCCUUGGCAAGCCUCUCGCGCGAGCUGGAUGGAGAAGAAGUGAUGGAAUUGAGAGCCAGCACUGAGUGGUUUUUAUCCCACGAGGACUUCAAAAAUUGGCACACUGUGAACCCUAUACAACAAACGUUGGUUCUUACUGGCAGUCCUGGAUCAAGAAAAUCAUCUUUAUGCGGCGUUGCUCGUUUUUUUCUUAGAUUUUGGCGGCAGCUGGAAAAUGUCUGCAUCGCAUCCUUUGUCUUCGAUUAUUCGGGGCAGGAAGAGCCUAGCGAAUCACUUGUGCUGUCCAGUAUCGUUCAGCAGAUUCUCUCGGAACGUCCAUAUCUCAUCGAGCAUCUUACUGCUCUGAGACACACGGGCGGGCCGCUAUCCGUGGCGGACAGUAUUAAGCUAAUCAAUCUGGCCCGGCGCGACCUCGACCAGCUUUACGUUAUUCUCGAUGAAUUUGAUUCAUAUGCGCGGACCGGCCUAUGCGUUUUCAAGACCCUCCUUUCAAUCAAGCCGCCUAUAAAUAUUUUGAUUGCCACGCGAGAAACACCAUUUCUCUCUGAGGCCCUUCAAGACUAUCUUGUUGUUCGCUGCGAAGACGCUAGACCUUUCCAUGUUUAUGUGGACAGUAUAAAGGCCAUGCUCGAGCAAGAGCCUCUUAUAUUAGCACAUCUUGAUCACGACCCUGAGAAAAUUGCGGAUGUUUCGAUAUACCUCGCUCAACGAAGCUAUGGACUCUACGUAUGGAUAAAGCAGAUGUUGAAGCUUCUUGCCCGUACCAGGAAUAGGACGCAAUUCCAAAGUGUACUGCAGAAGAACCUCCUGACCUUGAUCGAGACCUACAAUUUGAUGCUGCACAAUCUCACGGAACAGCCACCCGAACUCGUCAAACUAGCCACAAAGACCCUGAGGACAGUACUGGAUGCCGGUAGACGGGUGGAAGCUACUCAGUUAAUGAGUGAUCUGGCCCCGGAAAUAGCAGCAUCUGUGCCGCAAAGUAACAGGAACCUUACAAAAGCUGGGAUAAUCGAAGCCAUUGAGUCGAGUUGCAAGGGAUUUGUUUCUUCCUCGGGCCAACUGAGCACAAACGGGAUACAUUUACAUUUUAUCCAUCAGACUGUGAAGGAGUUUCUGGUAGUUAAAUACGCAAAUGAAUCGCUUGCCACAUGA